GGGGGCCAAUAGGCUGUCUCUUUAAGGCAGGGGCGGGGCGGGGAGGGAGGAGGAGGCUCUCUCCUCCCUCCCGCCCCAGCCCCGCAACGCGCAGGGCGAUUAUGGCGACGGUGCCAAUGGAGCCGCUCCGCCUCGAGAGAGACAUUGCGCGAGCAAUAGAGCUUUUGGAAAAGUUACAGCGGAGUGGCGAGGUGCCUUCAGAGAAGCUGCAGGCACUUCAAAGGGUUCUGCAGAGCGAGUUUUGUACUGCCAUACGAGAGGUCUAUGAACAUGUGUACGAGACAGUCGGCAUCAGUGGCAGUGCAGAAGUCAGAGCCAGUGCCACUGCGAAGGCCACCGUGGCGGCAUUUGCGGCAAGCGAGGGACACGCGCACCCUCGCGUGGUGGAACUGCCCAAGACCGACGAGGGCUUGGGCUUCAACAUCAUGGGUGGAAAAGAGCAAAACUCACCCAUAUACAUCUCCCGUAUCAUCCCCGGCGGCGUGGCCGACCGGCAGGGUGGCCUCAAGCGCGGGGACCAGCUCCUCUCCGUCAACGGCGUGAGUGUGGAGGGCGAGCACCACGAGAAGGCUGUGGAGCUGCUAAAGCAGGCGCAGGGGACGGUGAAGCUGGUCGUGCGCUACACGCCCAAGGUGCUCGAGGAGAUGGAGGCUCGCUUCGAGAAGCUGCGCACGGCACGGCGCCGGCAGACGCACAAUAACAGCUUCUCUUAGGCCUUGGAACACUGUGAUGCAAACGGUCAGCUAAUGGGAGACAAGUACAGCACCGCAACAUUUGCAGCAGCAGCAGCCUUGAAGCAGGUGUUGUUUUCCCCCAUUCAUGCUUAUUCACAUUCAUUCAUUGGAUAAGAAAAUGUGAAAGUAAUAAGGUAUCAUCAAGUGAAUAAGGUAUUAAAUGAGUACUGCCGACAGUUGACUUAAAAUAAUCGACUGCUGUAUGGAUUUUUUGCGAAGAUGCAAUAAUCUGCCCCUGCUGGGCUGCAGGUUUAAAUAUUUGUUUCUAAUAGAUUGGGUGCAAAAGUUUCCCCCGAUAAUGUUGCUGACCAUCUGCAUCACAAUGUCCAAGGCAUUUAAGGCAUCCAGUGUAUUCAGAAUUGGUGUGUAUAGGGCAAUUGUAUUUUCACCUCUACCCCCUCUUGUUUUAUCCAUUGCAUUUUUAAAAGCAAUGACAGAACCCCUCUAACUGUAUUAUACACCAGGGACUAUUCCAUCUAAUGCAAACGCUGAGUAUAUUAAACCUUUAUUUUUUAAUGUAGAGUCUAUAAGAAAUGAACAAACUCUUAAUGUGAUGCAAAACAGCCUCCUUGCCUAAAUUUUAUAUUAAUAUAUAAAUGAAACUUAAUAGAAGAGUCAGAGGCUGGAACAGACUGAGUGAAUGACUCAACUAUUCCAAUGUUUAUCCAUAAACAGCUGCCCCCCAAAAAUGUAUAAUUUUAAUAUACAUAGAGAUGAUUAGUUCUUUAUUGUAAUCUUACCCCUGCAAAAGCACACAUUUGAAGGUGCAGUCUGACAUUGCCAGGAACAGAAUCUGGUAUUGAAGGCGAAAUUUGUCCUGUCACGGAUGUCUCGGGGGGGGGGGGGAAAUUCACCGUCAAGUUAAAACGUAUUCAUAACGUUUUGUUUGUACUUCGCUAUUCAUCUCAAUAUACAGGGUGAUUACAUUUUUUUACACUUAUAUGGGACUCGUCUUUAAUGGAAAAAAGAACAUAUAAUACACUAUAACAUGAUAACAAAUGUAAUGUUAAUAGCUUCAAAAAGUCAGAGUCUCCACUUGUUCGCCAUCAUUGUCAACACGUGGCCUGGCAUCUUCUCCAGGUGGUCUCCAGAGCCAGGAGGGCGGCGGUACAUUUCUUGUGGUGUUGUUGCAAAUUCUCCGAAGUGUUAAAACAUUUGUUUUGAAGCACCCUGUAUUUAGCUGCUGAGCUUCUCCAAAUCCCAGUAAAAAAAGAUAAAACAAAAUUCUGUAUGAUCUAAAUUAAUUUUAAACGUAAAAAAAAACCACUGGCUAUUUUUGACUUGAACCUGCUUGACAGGCUUCAUCCUUAUCUGAAGCAUGUUUUUGAUUUUGAACCAGUCACACAGCAUCAUGCCGACAUUGUUCAGGGUGUUUGGUGUAAACUUCCAGUCUAUUUAAUAGCCAGCCUUUGUAAGUUAAUUUUAAUCUCAAGUCACCGACUGCACCUUUAAAUAAUCCCUUAAGACCACUUGUAUAUAAUAUAUAUUACCUUAUCAAUUGUGUAAGUGUCUGUGUGUGUGUAGAGUAAGUUUUAUUAAAACAUCUAAAAGGCCAACCAAACCUUGGCAGACUUACAAAUAUAGAAUUAGAUAGAUGGGUUAUAUUUUGUCAUGUCCUAUUUUUACAGUGAAUAACAUUUGCCGUACGCUAUGGGCCAAUAUCAGAGAGGUGAUGUGAUACCUUAAGCACAAGGUUUUGCACAAUGCACUCCGUUUCAUCCUAAUGUGAUAAGCCCGUGAACUCGCCCGCUUAUUUCACGUGCACACACGGCUACGUUCCUUUACGCGUACCUGCAUUCACAUCUUUCGGACCGUUUCGAUUAUUCUAAACAUAAAUCACAUUUUCACAAGGGUAGUGAAUAUGGAACACUAAUACGACGCCUAACAUUGUCUUUUCCUCACAAUAAAGUCAGUGUAAGACUGCAUUUAGGACUGCCACGUAAAGCCAUGAUCAACUGCAGGUAGAUGAGUGCAUCAUGGCAGUGGGACUUGUAGGCUUCGCAGUCCAGUAAUUUAACGCUUCCCUCCAAUCUUCACACACCAGCUGGUUAAAGUAUUGAGACAUUGGCCGAUGCAUAACUGGCAUGGGACAAUAUUGUAAAAUAACCACCUGUAAAA